AACACUGUGACUACAUCGAUCGUUUACCUUCGUCCUUACAUUCAUCUGAAACAACCACAUUGAGUAACUUUUCACAAGCUGGCUUGAAAGAAUGUUACCGCAAGUAAGAGGAAAAGUGAAUUAUAAGAAUCAGAAGACACGCGCAGCAGAUUUGAGAUAGAUGUUUCACUUUCUAGAGUUGGCCAUUCAUUCACUGCCUUCACAGACAUUUGGUGUAUUUGUUUUGGGCCUUUUUGGGGAAAAUGUGGCCAGAGUGCCCACGUCUAGUGUGGACUGGUGCAGUGUAAAGCCAGGUGUUUACUUCCAUUUGAUCGUGAUAAAUAGUUGAUUUAACUAAUCCAGAAUGAUUAACAAAAUGGCGAACACUUCCAAUGGAAAUGGCAAUCUUGUUGACGAAUUUGAAGAAGCAUUUCAGGCGUGCCUGAAUAUCUUGACCAAAGAUGACAGCAUUACAAGUAUGGACAAGGAUGAAAUCCGUGCCGAAGUUGACCAAACCAUUAGCAGAGUCAUUGAUUUGGCACGGCAAACUGAAAGCUAUUUUCUUCAGAAAAGAUUCUUACUUUCAGCACUCAAACCUGAAUUCAUUGUAAAAGAGGACAUCACUGAUCUUAAAACUGAGCUGCUUCGGAAAGAUGAAUUAAUCAAGAAGCACUAUGAAAAGAUAAAUCAGUGGCAAAAUCUUCUUGUGGAUUUGCGCUCAGCCCAGUCGCAAGGGCACUUGGGUCAAGCAGCGGCAGCUGUGGGUGCAAUGGGACAACAGGGCCCUCAUCUGGGACAACCCAAUGGCAUGCCUCCAGGUGGACCAGGACCAGCAAUGGGUCCAGUUGCUCCGGGUAACAGUAUGCCAGGAAAUCUUCAACAGCUUCAGCAGCAACAGCAGCAACAAUUGCAGAUGCAGCAACAACUUCAGCAGCAGCAACAGCAACAACAGCAGCAGCAGUCUCAGCAGCAGCAGAUGCAAUUACAGCAGCAAAUGCAACACCAACAGAUGCAGCAAAUGCAAAUGCAGCAACAGCAGGUGCCUGGCAUGGCUUCACCGCAGCAGACCAUGUUCAUGGGAAGUCCCCGUACGCCGUUCCAGCCAUCCCUCCAGGGGCCCCUGGCCUACCUGGAGAAGACCACAAGCAACAUAGGCAUGACAGAUGGGCGUCGGUGACGCGGGCGGGGGAGGGGUAGGGGCCGCACGAGAAGCAGAGGGCGCGGCCGUGGUCGAGGCUCGGGGCGUGGCGUUGUUGACUACGACCCCAUGGCCACUGCACCCUAGACCCUCCCAGUGCGCUACAGGCGCACUAGCCGCAGCACAAUGUGAUUUGUUUGAUUGCCAUUCGCUGAGUCUCCUCCAGUCUCGCCAGAGUUGCAUUGCUUGGGUUGUUGUUUGGAUUCUGUCUAUUGUAAAGCAAGUGUCUAAAUCCACUAGCCCAUAGUUUCUCUUAGAUGAAAUUCAGUUGAAAGUUGACCCAAUGGACAGUGAAGCUUAUCUCAGGUUUUGCUGUCUGCAUACUCUGGCUUGAGAAGGAGAAAGAAAAAAGUGAGAAAGAGAGACAUUUAAAAAAAGAGACCUCUAGCAACAAAAUUCACACAAGUGCUUCCUAUCAACUGUCAUCAAAUGUGUCCCUCCCUCCCUGUUUGUGGACUUGUAAAUGUUUCUGUAAAAAUUAUAAUCCAUCUGGUAAGCUUGUCUGCAUCAAUACGAAGUCAUUUCAUUUUUUCCUAAUGUGCAGAAUUUGUAUUAAAAUUGUUAUUUUCAUUGUUGAUUUUGUUUUGUGUGCGAAUAUGAUUGGAGGGAAGUUGUUUUAAAGAAAGGACUCGUUGAAGUAGGUGUUAUUCAUACUACAGGUGUUCUGAUAAUUGAUUUGAGAAAAUUCUUGAAGCAGAUCUUUUGUUUUUAUAUACUGCUGAUGACCUGAUAAUUAAUUUGAGGAAAAGUAUAGCUUGUCAAUUCUAUGUUGAAGUUUACUGUGUUCCAGCAUUUAGUCUCUAACAUCCUUGGACCAUCAUGCACUCAAUUUGGUUUAUCUUGGUCUCUCUUGCUUCCCACUUUUUCAGGUGUGAAGGAAAGCAUGUACAUUUGUGUGGUGUGUCUGUGGUCAAGUAUGAAACAUCCUUAGUGUGGUCACAACACUUGACUCAUCUUGUAUAUUUAUUUUUUUUUACUAUGCAUUUUCCUGUAAAUGAUGUAAAUUUCAUCCUUAAAAAAAAUACUAUCUCCAAGGGGAAAGAGUGUUUAAGUUAUGAACAUGUGAGUGGAGCCCAAGAACAUAAUAUUCACAAAAGUUGUAGAUGUUUUGUUAAGUUUCUGUAAUCUUGUAUGGGUGUGGGCAAGAUGCUUUAAGUAUUUACAUGUCAUUUUGUUGUUAUUAAUAAAGGAAAAUUCAUAACCGGGCAA